AUGGGAGCGACUGUCCGAGCUGCAGGGAGGUCCAGGAUGCCGGUGCACGACCCCCGCCACGCUGCAACCACCCAGAGCGCCUGCUGCUCACAGAAGAGGAAGCGAGAUGACCACAGCGAGCCCCCAUACGUUAAGAAGCCACCCAACGCCUUCAUGCUCUUUCUGAAGGAGCAGAGGGUGAGUGUGGUGGCUGAACUUGGCCACACCGGGAGUACGGCGGUGAACACCAUCUUGGGGGAGAGAUGGAAGUCCUUGUCCACCGAGCAGCAGGCCAAGUACUACCAGGAGGCCGACGCAGCGAGGCGCCACCAUGAGCAGCAGCACCCCCAGUGGUCCAGCAGGGACAACUACGGCCAGAAGAGGAAGAGGAGGCGUCAGGGGAGCACAGCUCCCAGCAGCUCUGGAGGUAACACAAGACUUCACAGCAUGUGUCCCAUAGGUCCAAAGGUCCCAGAUUGUUAAAACGUUAUUGUUGAACAACAGAGACACACGUUGAAGAAAUCAGCUGAUUGAAACUUUAAGAUGAAGAUCACAGUCAGGGUUAGA